CGUUAACAUGUUCCGUAGAGCAAGGCGCAUUUUGAGAUAGAUAUGAUUACGCGGAAACUAUAACUCAAACUUGAAACCCAAACCCAAACCCAUCCUUUCUUGUUCAUAUUAUUCACUUCCGUGCGCUGAUUCUCUUUCUCUUGUUUAUUUAAUAAUCGUGUUGUUCGAAACCUCUUUCUCUCUCUGAUGUUUUUACGAAAAGAUGAAGUUCUGCAAGACCUAUCAGGAGUACAUGCAAGCUCAGGAGCAGAAGAAGCUCCCUGUUGUGGGAUUCAAGAAGCUCAAAAAGAUCAUGAAAAAAUGUAGACGAUCUUCUCAAUUCCAUAAACCUUGCCCUGAUCAAUGCCCAUUGUGCGAUGGGACCUUUUUCCCUUCCCUUCUCAAUGAAAUGUCAGAAAUAGUGGGAUGCUUUAAUCAGCGUGCACAGAAACUGCUGGAACGACAUCUUGCUUCUGGAUUCCAAAAGUACAUUCUCAUGUUGAAAGGAAAAUCAAAAAGGAAUCAUAGUACUUUAAUUCAUGAAGGCAGAGAUCUAGUUACAUAUGCACUCAUUAAUGCUGUUGCAAUUCGCAAAAUACUAAAGAAAUACGAUAAGAUUCAUUAUUCUAAGCAAGGGCAAUUAUUCAAGUCACAAGCCCAGACUAUGCACAAGGAAAUUCUUCAGAGUCCCUGGCUUAUUGAGCUGAUGGCAUUACAUAUCAAUCUACGGGAAACUAAAGACAAGCCAAGGAAGGCAACCGCAUUAUUCAAUGGAUGCUGUCUCACAUUUAAGGAUGGAAAACCAUCACUUGCUUGUGAGCUCUUUGAUUCCAUCAAAAUUGAUAUUGAUCUGACUUGCUCUAUAUGUUUGGACACAGUGUUUGAUCCAGUUUCUCUGACUUGUGGCCACAUAUUCUGCUACAGUUGUGCUUGCUCAGCUGCAUCUGUUACUAUUGUUGAUGGGCUUAAGGAAACACAUUCUAAAGAGAAAUGUCCUAUGUGCCGAGAGGCAGGAGUUUAUGAAGGUGCUGUACACUUGGAAGAAUUGAAUAUUUUGUUAGGAAAAAGCUGCAAGGAGUACUGGGAGGAAAGACUUCAGAUGGAAAGAGUAGAGAGGGUCAAGCAAGCAAAGGAGCACUGGGAAACGCAGUGUAGAGCAUUCAUGGGCAUCUAAAUAGAGAAGCAAGCCUCUCUUGGGUUCAAUGGUGUAUUUAUAUGUUAAAAUGUCUUUUAUUCAUUUUGUUAGAUAGAAUUAGUAUUUUCAAAGGAUUGUUAAUGCCUUUACUUAAAGGUAGUGUUCUUACCAGACUCGAUCAAAGUAAAGGCUUUUUACUUUGGCAUCUGUACCUCCUACAGGCCAUUUAUUUUUUGCUAUUGUAUAUAAAUAAAGUUUUACGCUGUCCAGGGAGAAUGCAUUAUCCAGUUUACCAGAAUC